AUGGCGGACCCAAAUUCUACUCCGACCGUCGCACCCACUGCCGCCGCUGCACCUAAUUUUCUAUGUCGCGCCCAAACACGAUUCGUGGAUUCGUUCGUCCCCGAUUGUGUCCGCCAAGAAUAUCGAAGAAUCAUCGCAAGUUUGUUCACGUACAAAUACGCGUACAUCGCAGCUGCUACCACUGUUCUCUUCGCAGCUGCCGAGUAUGAACAGCCCGGGUACUUUCCGAGACCCCACGAGUUGACCGUUGGAAUGGUCGGCGGUCUAUGUGCAUCUGCACUCUUGUUUUCCACCUACGCUUUAAUGGAGUAUGCUAACGAUCACACAUGGUUCUGGAAUGAGGAGGGCUUUGUCUGGCUAUGGGUGGGCAUGCUCUGGAGCUUUACAGUGUAUGAUGACGAGACGCUGGACGAUAUUGUGGCUGUGCACAAUGGUACGAGUAUCACGGCUUCUCCCACUGUCGUAUCUACUACUCCAGUGGGCUCGCCGGCUCGACAUGACAUCAUCAUCCCGCCUACACCCUUACUAGCUCGUGGCCUUCGGCCCGUUCACCUGCCUCCACCGCCGACACAUCACUCCGGAAUCUUGGGCGAAUCGCCAAUGCUAAUCAAGUUCAAGCAUUUCAGCGGACAUUCAGAUUUGGAGGAUGUAGAUGAGGAGUAA